AUGUUUGUGCCGAUUGUCCUGGCGACGGUCUGCCUUGCCAGCAGCACGGUCUUGGCUGCUUAUGACAAGCCAUACUACGACGUGGAAGACGCUGAGAACCUUUUCAAGAACUAUGUCCAAGAGUAUAAGAAAGUAUACAAUCAAAGGGAGUACUAUGAAAGGCUUGAAAUUUUCAAGGAAACUUUGAAAGAUAUAAAUGAGCGAAAUGCCAUGUUUCCUGAUACUGUGUUUGCAGUAAAUCAUUUUGCUGAUCUCAAGCCUAAAGAGCUUGAGUACUACUUUGGUUUAAUGCCCUCAAAUGAAACGGCACAGAAAGUAAAACUCGAGUUUGGGUCACGUCCUCCUCUUCCUAAAAAUGUCGACUGGAGGGAUCGUAAUGCGGUUUCACACGUUAAGGACCAAGGGCAAUGUGGCAGCGGCUAUAUCUUCAGUGCUAUUGGAAACAUUGAAGCGCUGUACGCUAUCAAACAUCACCAAUGCUUAGCCCUUUCCGAAAGUCAGGUUCUUGAUUGUCUUGAAAGUGGAGGUUGCGAUGGAGGGUGGCCGGAUGUUGUAAUGAGAGAUUUAUAUGUAAUAAAUAUAGAGAAAGAAGAAGACUAUCCGUAUCUUCCAAGGAAGAGCCUGUGUAAAGAUGACGAUAAGAAAGGAAUUGUACAGGUGUCGGGUCGUACCGCACAUUUUUUAAUUGAAGAAGAAUACUAUUUGAUGGAUGCUGUGGCAAUGCUCGGACCUUUGUCAAUUGGUGUUAAAGUCGGCGACUAUAAGUCCUAUAAAGGAGGUAUAUUAAAACCUAAUUGCAAAGACGACGAAGGAUACACGUUUUUGCUAUUGGUGGGGUACGGAGAAGGUUUGUGA